GAAAUAAAAGAGCUGUCAUGUGAGGUUUGCACUUUACUCCUAUUUUAGACAAAACAACACAAACUCCACGUCCAAUUCUAUACUAUGGAGUUUGGAAUCAAUUCUCUGAGAUUGAUUCUCCUCUGGAACUUUCUGUGUGCCAGAAGUUACACACACAAAACUGCAGCACGCAGUGAUAUUUAUGAGGGGAACACUCAACAGUCACCUGAGCUUCUGAGUGGUAAAACAAACCCACUGCAAGUCAACCCUAUAAAUUCAGUUCACAUUCAUGCAGGACAUACGCUGGAGCUGCAGUGCAGGGAUGAAGGAAAUGAAGGGCUGGCACAAUGGUGGCAGACGCCUUUCGGGUUAUUUGAGGGCUGCAACUAUGGAAACAAGGACCCAGUGGAAACCUGCAAUGGCAGUUUGAAGAUAUCAAGAAUCACCUCAAGCCAUAACGGUUUUUAUUUUUGCAUUCGUUUGGAAGAGACAGGCAAAACAAUUUUGCCAUACAGAGUCUAUGUAAUGGGCUUAAAUCCUACUCACAAUGCACAGCGGAGAAAAACCAGAGAGACAAAACCUUAUGCUGAUGGUGUGUCAGACAGCCAUUUUAUCACAGCUGUAACAUCAUCAGUCAUUGUGACAUUUUUAGUGGCCUUCACGUUUGGUGUGUUUAGUAGAUCUUAUGUGAUUAAAUGUCUACAAAUGACAAGGGCACACAUACCGUAUAGGAAAAACUAUCACGAGACCACCAGUGGAAAUGACAACUCACAACCCACCACAAAUACACAACCAUUACAAUUGGAGACAGUGUUCUUUCACAAAAACCAGGACGAUGGAGAAGACACUGUGGACAUAGUGGCAAGCCAUGUGUACCAAGAUUGUGUUGAACAGGAGAGCAAGAAUGUUGGUGAAGUAGAUGGCGAGAAGGAUGAUUCGAACCAACUCCAGACUCCAGAAGGAGAACAGAACCAAAAGUCAACGUCAGUACUAAGUCCACACCCAAAGAAAAAGAGUCGUGUCAUUAAACUCUACAACUAUGAUGAAGAAGGGACUCAAUACAGCCACAUAAAAGACUCUGGAGGAGAGGUUGAAGAUGAAGUCAUGCCAAAACUGAGAACAAAAUCACUGACGCGACUCAGUACCAUUAUGAAACAGGCAGAAUCUUUGGAUUUCAACCCAGUAAAAGAAUCAACUGAUGUCCAAAUGACACCAAAUGCUCCUUCUUAUGAAAACUGUUCAACGACUACAGCAGGAGACGGAAACAUUGGAGAGGCAUAGACAAUCGCAGAGGCACUAUCACAAGAUCAGUGAACGUAUCUGAGAACAAAUAUCUGAAUUAUUUUGUUUAUGGUAUUGUAUAGUGAUAUACUGAGAUAAGGCUGGCCGAUUACAGGAAUGUUUUGGGUUCAGUACAUGUUAAGCUCAAUCGACAGCAUUUGCAGCACAAUGUUUAUUCUCAAAAACGUUUCUUUAGACUCGUCCUUCGUUUAAUAAAAAAAAGAAAUGCAAAAAUAGUGGUUACUAAUAAUAGGCACUUUCAAUGGAAGUGAAUGGAGCAAAUCCGUAAACAUUAAAAUACAGUUUCGAAAGUUUAGCCACAAGAUGUAAACAUUAUAUGUGAUUUUAGUGUGAAAACUCGAGUUUACAGUGUUACAUUGACAUGGCAAAUAUAGGAUAGAACUACACAGAUAAGGUUUGUAAGUGAUUUUAUCACAUUAAAAUCAUGUUAACAUGUCUAUUUAUAUUUUGUGGCAUUUACAUUUUAACGUUUAUGGACCGGCCCCAUUCACUCCCAUUUUUUACUGGGAUUAUUUUUACAUAUCAACAUUAAUUUGUGAUAAUUAUCAUUUUGUCGCAAAUGCUGUCGAUUGAGUUUACCUUUUAUUGAACGCGGAAAAUUUCUUUCAUCAGCCGAUAUUUGGCCAUUUUGAGAUUAUCUGCAUCAGUUGAUAACGAUGCUUGAUUGGACAAUUAACAUUUUAGCGUCAGUUCCGGUAUCUACCUACAGACUUAUCAUUUGAUAGAGUACUUCUCCUGCUUUCAAAUAUUUUUUAGUGUAUUUUGAGUAAAUAAUGUGCAGGGAUGAAAACUCAUGAGAGGUGAAAAAGGUGAGAAAGUCACAGCAGGUGUUUCUGAUGUAAAUUUUUAGUUGAUUCGUUUGUUGUAUUUAAGGCUUUUCUAAAGUGGUAUGCUUACAUAAAGUCUUUCAAGUGAUUUUAAUAAGGAAAAUGUUGAAAUUGUAACAAAAUUUGUACAUCUUCUUUAGUCAAUAAAUUGUAUUACGGUACAUAGUUUGGUCCAAAUGUCUGUACAAUGUGUGACAUUGACCAUGUUAACUCCUUUGUACAGAUAUAUUCCUUCAUUUGGUGUUAUUUUUCAAAUCAUGUUGGAAUAACAUGAAUGAUCAGGUUUUGGAGUUCAUGCCUGCUCAAGUACAUGCUGUCAUGCAUGAACGGUACCUUCCAAAUGCUAGAAAUUCAUGCACUGAAAUUGUUACUGAUAAUGUCAUUUUUAAAUAAAAAUGUAUUAAAUAAGAAUGCAAAACAGAAGUAUUUUCAGUAAUGGUCUUAAACCUUUGGACCCCACUGUAUAUUGGCCACCAGGCUUUCUAUAGUGACUAUACCAGUCGACCGAUAUGGGAUUCUUAAUUGUGAGAAAAACAAAAAAAAGAGUUAAACACAGACAUUGGACAACAGAUAAUUGGAAAAGAGUGUUAUGGAUCUUAACCCCAUUGAGCUUUUGUGGGAUCAGCUAGACUGUAAGGUGUGUGAGAAGUGCCAGGCAAGACAGCCAAAUCUAUGGCAAGUGCUACAGGAAGUGUGGGGUGAAAUAUCACCUGAGUAUCUGGACAAACUGACAGCUAGAAUGCCAAGAAUCUGCAAAGCUGACAUUGCUGCACGUGGAGGAUUUUUUGAUGAGAACUCUUUGAAGUAGUUAAAGAAAAUGUUUUUGUCCUGACUAUACAUUGUGAUCAGUUGAACGCCCCUUUGGUGAAUUAA